AUGUCAGAGCACACGUUAGAACCAAUGGCUGGUCACGCUGGAUUAGCUAUAAACACUGGUGGAGGAUGCCCAUUCAAGCCUGCAACUUCAACCCUGCACAAUCCAACGUUGAAUUCACCUACCACUGCUGUUGAAGGAAGUGAGAUGACACUCAAGGUCAAUGAUGUUUCUUCGGGGCUCUCUGGUAGCUUCACGUCUGAAGAUUUUGGUAAAGAGCGAAAUGUCUCUAGUUACGAUGAGUCAGCUCUCAAGGUUAGCGAGGUUGGCUUGACCCAAAGUCGUCGUCCAUCUGGGAAUCCAAAAGGAGAUGGCGUUAACUCGUUUACGGAUUAUCAAAGCACUGUUAAUAAGUCGCUGUAUGACAAUCUUCGUCAUGAUUGCACACGCAUUGAGGAGAAUGUUCGUGACGCCGAGAGAGAAGUCGACCGCAAAGAGGAAGAAGCCUUUAUUAUGCACGCAUCUGAAGUCGAGUUGCAAAGAUUGACUUCUCAACAACAAUCCGAACGCAAGAAGAAGCGUGAGGCUUUUGAGAAGGCAGUUUCUGCAAGAACCGAACGAAAGAAGGCCAAGACCAUGAUGAAGAAGCUUAUGCGUGACACCAAGUUUCGAGAUAACAAGAUCCUGCAACAAGACUUGGCAGGAAAGGCCACUGCUGAGCUUCGAGAAGCUUUGAAUUAUCGUCGGGAAGCUUUUGAGAUGAUUUCCACCAGCAUGGAGGCUAGACAUCAGAAACAGCUCAAACAGUUGUCUGCCGCCCAAGAAAGACGAAUCGCGUCCGAGAAGCUCUUGACGGAGCUGGAAACACGUCAUCUUUCAGACGAAGCAAGAGCAGCAAGUGCUAAAAAGUUCCAAGUUUUCACCAAUCAUCGUAAAGCUUUGGACAAGAGGCUCGCGGAUCAUUUGCGAGAUAUUCAACGUCUUGAACUGAAACAUGCCAAGGAGAGAUUCGAGUGCGAAUAUCAGAGCUUUGAAGAGGGAGCCAGUCUUCGCAUGUCAAACACACAACAAGCCGAGGACUUGGAGCAUACCCAAGCUCAAGAGAUUUAUAACGAAAAGGAUCGUCUUUUGGCCCUUCGAGAAACUGCCAAACUGAUGCAGUUGGAAGCCGAGCACAAUGGCGAGCUCAGACGCCUUCAAAUGCAGCAAAAGCAGAUCGUCAAGCAAGUUAAGGAAGCUCAAAAGGCUAGAUUGGCUGCCAACCGUGGAGAGGAAGUCAGCGCUAGUCGCUCAGCUCGCUUCCGCUCUCUUGGCGAUUCUCGAUCAACAUCGACUGGCUCUAUCGAAUCUCACGAAUCUCGUCGUUCGUCUCACCUGAACACCAACAACGGGACCGGCAGCGCCAAUACCACCAAUGCUAUCAGUGCUGCGGUCUUUGGUGCCGGAUUCACCAAUGGUGAUAAUCUUCUUGACACUCAAGAUGGCAUUCAAGAACAAGUUGCAAGAUUGGAAGAGAACUUGCAAACGUUGAAGUUGCGUCACAAGGAAGCUUUGAUUGAACUUGCUGCUCAGCACAAGGCAUCUUUGGAGACUGCAGAGAAAGGAAAUAUCGAACGUCUUCGAGAGUUAGAGCAAAACCAAGACCUCGAAAUGACCACCACUCGAGAUGUUCAAGAGAAUGAAAUCUCAGAAUUGGUCACUUUACAAGAAAAGGAAAUCAAGAUGGAGCAAAACGUUCACGAAGCUGAAUUCCGUAUGCUUUUGGAACGCAAGAUGCUCAACGCUGUGUUGGAUACUUGUAUUGACGGAAUCAUCAACAUUGACCCCAUUGGAACGAUCUUGCGUUUCAACAGAGCUGCUGAGAAACAAUUCGGCUACACUGCCAAAGAAAUCAUUGGUCGCAACAUCAGGGACCUCAUGCCUCCAGAAUUCUCUGUCAACCACGACCAAUACUUGCUCAACUAUCUCACCACUGGAAUCAAGAAGGUCAUUGGCAAUGGUCGUCGUGUGCAUGGUCUCAGGAAGGACGGUGGACGUUUCCCAGUUCACCUUUCCAUUUCCGAAGUCAAGGAAGAAGGAGCCCAUAUCUUUACCGGAAUCGUGCGUGAUAUGACUGCUGAAGUUGAAUCUGAACGUCAAUUGGCUGAAGGAGAACGCAAGAAACAAGAGGAGCUUCUCACGUUGAUUAAUCAACUUGAUGCUCAAAAGGCUCGUUCUGCCUCCCUGAUUUCCCAAAUGCUACCUGCUACUAUAUCUGAGGCUUUGAUGAACGGGAGUCCAGUGGCUCCUGAACAGUACCAAAGGGCUACCGUUUUUUUCAGUGAUAUUGUUGGAUUUACGACAUUAGCAGGCCAAGUUUCACCGCUUGAAAUUGUCAUUUCUCAAUACGAUGCAUACAAAGUCGAGACCAUCGGUGACUCCUACAUGGUCGUUUCCGGUGUACCUGUAAGGAACGGAAUGAAACACGCCGGUGAAAUUGCCACCAUGGCUUUACAUCUCCUCUCUGUGGUUGAUAAAUUCGUCAUACCCUCUAAACCUGACUACAAAUUGGCAGUACGAAUUGGUAUCAACUCUGGUCCAGUCGUUGCUGGUGUCGUUGGUGCCAAGAUGCCACGUUACUGCUUGUUUGGUGAUACCGUGAAUGUUGCAUCUCGUAUGGAGUCUACUGGAGCUUCUAUGAAGAUCCAAAUUUCUGAGACUACCUACGAGAAGCUGGUUACAAUCGGUGGCUACAAGACCUCAUUCCGUGGCGAGACUCAAGUCAAAGGCAAAGGCUUGCUCAAGACAUAUUGGUUGACUGGAAAAGAUGAUUUCCCAUACGAACUCCCACCACAAUAA